GUAAACAAACUUUAGCUAUUGAAGUUUAGUCAGUGAACUUGAAUACUUUAGGCAAAAAAUAUGUCUCAUGGACCACUUAAGUCAACAGGAAUCAUUUUGUUGUGAUUAUUAGUGAACUGUUGAGUGUUUAUAAAUAUGUCAGGAUAUUUUACAUAUGAUGAAGUAACAAUAGUUGUAAAGAUGGCAGAAGCAAAUGUUAAUGAUUCAAAUGUGGAUGGUGAAGAAGAAGUUCUGACUAAUGGUUUAGAUGAUGAGAGUGAAGAAUCAUUUAAAAUUGACAGGUUUGAUUCUUCAGCUGUCCCUCAUAGAUCCAUGUCCGAUGCCGAACUUACCGAAAGAGAUAUACAUCGUGUUAUGUUAGGAAACGCAAUGUCAUUUGAAAGCUUUGAUGAUGUAGAUGAUGAACCACCGUUGUCCGGAAAACGUGUGUCUGAAAGUUCAAGAGUUUACUUUGAUUUGUCCAACAUUGACUCAGAAACAGAGAGCAUCAGCACUGCGUCAAGUGCAAUGAAAGAUGUCCGCUAUAAGUUGCGUAUGAACCAAGCAUUACAAACUAUACCACAGAAAGAAGUCCUUGUUACGAAAAAGACAACUAAAGUUUCAUACAGCUCUAUGAGCUCUAGAUCAUAUUCAGCAGAUGCACUUGAUGAUAUCGAUGAAAGUGGUGAUUCUGUUGAACCGGAAUUUGCACCGGAAUAUGUUGACGUUCUGCAUAAUGAGAAAGUUGCUUCUAGUUUUUAUAGUAAAUAUCCGUUACUUGUAAGCCAAAGUCCAGGAGCAUCUGACAGCCAUGCUGCGUGGCAGAACAAAAAUAACCUCAAACUGAAAUAUCAGCAGUUUUGUGCUUCUCUUGAGAGAGACAUUUCUGAACUGAAAAGAGCAACUGGAAGUGACGAAAUUAAACCUUUGAAGAGUAUUCUUGAGGCCAUGACUGAUGCAUGGAACUUUCCCGUAUAUGGGAGAGACUUGGCUUGUGGCCUAUGUGAUAUAAUAAGAAAUGAAAGUGUACUUAGUCUGCUGGUUAAGAACUGUGACAAUGAAAAUCACGAUGUCCUUCUGGCCUCAUCUACUUUAUUAGAACAAGUUAUGUCCUUGAGAAACAGAGAGACAGUCACAAAAGAAGGUUUGGAGAAAGUCGUAAAAAUGAGCCAGAGAGCUAUCGGAGUUCAAAGUUUGGCUUUAAGUACUGUUGGUAUUUUGGAAAAUUUGUUUAAAGUUAGCGGAGAAAUCUCAACCUCAGUGAUUCAGCAUGGUGGUUUAGAUUCAGUUUUGUACUGGUGUCGUAGCAACGAUACAAAGAUUUUACGGAAGUGUGCAAAAGCAUUGUCAAACUUGUCCCUGUUUGGUGGACCAGAUAAUCAAGAAAUCAUGACUCAGCAGAAAGUUCCGGAAUGGUUGUUUCCCCUUGCGUUUUCUGAAGACAAGCACGUGAAAUAUUACGCGUGUUUGUCCAUCGCAGUUCUUGUCGCAAAUAAGGAAUUAGAAGCUCAAGUUAUUAAAUCAGGGACUCUAGAUCUUGUGAUACCGUUUGUAUCAGCUGUAAAACCAGAAGAGUUUGCAAAAAGUGAUUAUGCUCAUAGACAGGGUCGCGACUCUGUAUGGUUGGAAAGGUUGAAACCAUUAUUGUGCAGCAGACGGCCAGAAGCCCAGGCAUUGGCUGCAUUCCAUUUUGCUAUGGAAGCUGCUAUAAAAUCAGAACAAGGCAAAAACGAGAUUUUUUAUGACAUUGGUGUGAUAGAGCCACUGAGGAAAGUUGCGAGCAGCCCAAAUGCUGUAGCAUCACGUCUUGCAAGAGAAGCGUUACAAACAAUAGGGGAGGAAACUCCACACAAACUUUCGCAACAAGUACCACUGUGGACAACUGAAGAUGUGUCUCACUGGGUAUCAGAGAUUGGGUUUAAGGAGUAUGCACCCAUGUUUGAGGAUUGUAAGAUAGAUGGUGACCUUUUGCUACAGAUGGAUGAAAAUGACAUGAUAGAAAGUAUCCAGAUGAAACCUGGAAUGAUCAGAAGAAGGUUUCAACGAGAACUUGUCAAUUUGAAAGUAACUGCAGACUACUCGUCCUAUGAUCCUACAAAGAUUGAUCCAUGGCUGAUGAGUGUCCUUCCAGAACUAUCUCAGUACACAUAUGCCAUGCUGAGGAAUGGCAUGGAUCGAACAUUGUUGUCAACAACAACUGAAGACGAGUUAAAAGAUGUUUGCGGUGUCAAUAAUGGAAUUCACCGGAGAAUUAUUAUGCAGCAUUUAAAUGGGUUGGCUAUUGGAACAGAAAGUGAUAUCACUCCAGAUGCAAGUAGUUACCUGAGAAGUACUGGUGGACUUGUAACAAGAUCGAGUAUCGAUUGUGGUGCUAGCCUUGCAAUCUGUCCCCGACCAGUGGAUGUGUUCAUAAGUUACAGAAGAUCUACUGGAUCUCAGCUAGCUAGUUUGUUGAAGGUGCAUCUACAGCUGCGAGGAUUUUCAGUCUUCCUUGACAUUGAUCGACUGAGAGCAGGAAAGUUUGAUGAAAAUCUGCUCAUGAAUAUCAAACUAGCCAAACACUUUCUACUCGUAUUGACCACCAAUGCCUUGGACAGAUGCAUCGGGGAUAUGGACAGACAGGAUUGGGUACAUAAGGAGAUAGUAACAGCAUUGGAAAGCCAGUGUAACAUUAUACCGAUCCUCGAUAACUGUGAUUGGCCAGAACCCGAGCAGCUGCCAGAAGAUAUGCGACCAGUCUGCUAUUUUAACGGAAUCAGGUGGAUUCAUGAUUAUCAGGAUGCAUGUAUAGACAAACUGAACAAAUUCAUCUGCGGUCAAGCGCAAAUAGCACCAUCACAACCUUUGAGCUUACCGGGCCCAGAACCAGUUCAUGAUAAACAUGAGAAGAAAGAGGUGCGGGUAUGCAGUUUGGCUUCAGAGAAAGCCACAAAGAAGGAGAAACACACUGACAAGGUUGAGUAAUAAAGGGAGACAACUCCAAGCACAUAUUACCAAAAGUCAUGUUGUGUGAAGGGAGAUUACUCUAUAAACAUGUUACCAACAUUAUAUGGGUUAAGGGAGAUAACCUCAUAGACAUGUAUGAUCAACUUUUAAUAUUGUGUGAAGUGAACACUCUGUACACAUAUUAUAAACAUUUUUCAUAUAUUGUGUAGAGGGAUAUCACUCCAAGCACAUUUUAUCAACUUUAUUCGGUUUAUAGUGUAAAGGGAGGUAACUAUGCACACAGUAGCACGAGUAUAUGUAUUGAAUUAUUUUCGAAUUAAUGCACAGAUUGAGAUUGAACUUUGUUGUAGAAUUAAGAUGGAAUGACGACAGAAAUUAUUUCCUAAAAUUAUGUUUAUUUAAAUAUAUAGCAUUGUAAAAAUAAUUGAAAAUAUUCUUUAUUUCUGCUAAUUUAUAUUACUAUGGCAGGUUAAACUUUUGAUAUGUUUUGAAUAUUCAGUAUACAUCUGUGGAAUGAAUUGAAAAUGACAGUAAUUUAAAACAAAGUUCUAUCAUGAAAUUGUGCAUAAUUAUGUGAUGUGUUCAGGCAAUAAAAAACAGAUAUAUUUGUUACAUAUAUACACUGGUUUUAAAUAUAUAUAGAUAUCAUGUACAUUAUGGUAGUUCAUGCAUGCAUUUAUUACAUUUUAACUUGUAAAAGCUUCUCAUUGUGGUAAAAUAUUUGAAAAUGUUCAUUUACACAGAAAUCAAUAUGGAAUGUAUAUAUGACAAAGAAAUGAAAAGCAGCACUGAUUAUCUGCCAAAACCCCUGUAUAAUGUACGUUUAUGCUCAUUGUUGGUCUGUCAGUUGGUAUACCAUUUGGUUUCCAAUCAAUACCUAGAGAAUGUUUGGUCUCACAAUGGUCAAACUAAAUAAGAUGAUCGCUUUUGGUCAGUAGAUGUCCCCCUUUUCUUUUGUGUGUGUGGGGGGAGCAUGGGGGCAUCGGGUCAGUAUAUCAAAGGUCAAGGCCACAGUGACAUUGAGGUUUCUGCUCAACAAUUAAAGAACAUUUUAUGCCACUGUAGUCAAACUUGAUAGGGUGAUUGCUUUCCGUCAGUAGAUGUCUCCUUUUGUUCUUGGUGUCAGUAUGUCAAAGGCCAAGGUCACAGUUGCCCCAAAAAUGAAAGAGGGGGUUGGGGAGGGGCUUGUUUGUUUAUCAUUUCCAACAUGUUUCAGAGUAUGUAUUCACCAGCCUUAAAAAUCUGAGCCUUAGGCUUAGACUUUAAAAAGCUAAAUCUUCAUUUUACUCAAUGUAUCUUAAACAGAAUUAUGUAUUAACGAAAAUUUGCAUGAUCAUGCAUUCUGCAGCUAUAGACAAGUCGGCAAAAUUUCAUUAAUAUUAUAAAUUUACACUCAUUUAAGUUACAGAAAGUUUAAUAUUUGCUGUUUUUAAGUCUUCUGUACCAUACAUUAAUACUCUAAAAAUUACAUAUUCCAUUAAAUUUAUAUUAAGGACUUGUUUCACACAAUAAAAGCUUUAUACAAAUUCUGUUACAAAUUCAUUUGUUUUAUAUCCAUAGCGGUGCGCAUACAUGACAUUUUAUCAGAAAAUUUUUAUUGUUAAAUUUGAUGUUGAGAAUGAUAUUUGUUAGUUUUAUUGUACAUAAAAUAUUUGAGCAUUUAAAUCACCCAAGAUAGUCAUAUAUUGUAUAUUUAAAAUGCUACAUGCUGCUAGAUAGUAUAUUUUAUAGGGCCAUUGUGGAAUUCAUGUUCACUAACAUUAAAUUCGCUAACAAUUUAAAAAGCCAGUUCUGUCCUUUUGAAGUAUAUUCCAUGUAUUUUAAAUUACAGCAUUUUUAUAUAAAACUGUUAAAAUUCUGGUUAUUAUUUAAAGAUACAUUUAAAAAUUAACAAAUAUAGCAUUUAUAUGAUAUUGAACUACGUGAGGAAAAAAUUGUUAACUAUGGUCACCAUUUUUGUUUGAGCUUUUUAAUGCGUUAUGAUUUAUAUAUAUUUGAACAGGAUGAAAGCACAAGAAGUGAGUUGGGAAAGGAAAUGAGGCGACUCUGGCUUGAUCAGUUGCAUGCAUAAUAUUAAGUGACAGUUUGCGAUGUCUGUAUGAUUGUGUAAAUUUUGUAAACCUUUUUGGUAUUGUUUACCUGUUAAAUAACAUAGCUGGUAAGAGAACACAGCUUUUGGUACCAACCGGGAGCCGUAACCACAUUUGGAGAAUACCUGAUUGAGCAGAAAUUGCCAGUUGUCAGUACAAGUUAAAUACCUUAUGUUAAGGUGGUUCUGCACGUUUGUUAAACCAGAAGUAACAAAAUAAUGCUGUUUAUCCACAAACUGUAGAAUAAAGCCUGGGCUCUGCGUCCAGAAAUGAAAAGCAGUUUAUGAAAAAAAAUGGCAACUUUGAAUUUAUUAAAAUGGCAACUUUACUAUCUUCUUAAAGAUAAAAUAUGAUAUUAAAAAGUUUGACUUGUUAAAAAGUUCCAGAUUGUGUUUAUAGCAAUGAGCCUGAAAUGUGCGGAUCACUGUAAUCAUAGGCAAAUAUCUCAUUGAAAAACAUGCAGACCUAUACAUUUUAUUUCAUCAUAUAUAGUAAAUCAUAUAUGUAUUAUGACUGUGAGAAGUUUCAUUAAUAUCUACAUUGUAGAAAAAUUUUUAAGCGCAAAAAUGUUAUCGAAAUUUUGAUUUACCCAUAGACUAUUAUGAAAACUUGUAAUAGGGUCAAAUGUUUCAAAUCAGGCUAACAAAAAGCCAAGCUGUUUUAUUUGCAAAGUUUUCCAAGACUUAGUAUGCUUUCUUAAGUUUUGAAAUAUCAGGGUUUAUAUAAAUUUUACAUUGUAGAAAAUGUUUUUACUGGAACAUGCAGAACUACCUUAAUAAACUGGUCAGAGAUACCAGCAAUGAAGUAAUGCACAAAGGAGCACCUGGUGUUUCCUCCAUUAUUUAAAGCUUGGAAAGUUGCCUUAAUCGAGUCAGUGUGACUUAAGAAUGACUGAACAUUAUUAGGUCUGCAGAAAAAAGAUGUUGUUAUUGUUGUUGGAUCCUUAUAUUGUUUUUGAAUAGUUUUCCAGUUCUGUCCCUACCUCAUUACACAGUGAUCAGCACUAUAUAGUUUUGGUCAGUAGUCCAUUUCUCAUUGGGGAGGAGACAUGGCUGUAAAUUACCCUCAGAAUUAUUUUUGUAUGUUGUUAAAGGACAGUGAGAAUGAGCUACUAUUGGGUAAAAGUCACAAUCAAAUACUAACACUUUUGAAAUAUAGGGUUAUAUGGCACAAAAAUAAACAAAGAAGUAAGUCACAUUUGAAUGUGAGACUUUUAUGUGUUUGAGCAAACAACCAGAACAGAUGUGCAAGUAUAUCCAUAAGAACCAGUAUGUGUAAAUCUGGCUUCAGUUUUAUAAACUUGAGUUUGUAGACCAGUCUAAGAAUUCAAGCUUGCCAUUGGUCAAUGUCCAAUUUGUACUCAGAAACAACCAAUCAAAUACCAGACUUUAGAGACUGGUCUACAAACUUAUUUUAACCUUGGACCCAGAUUGUCUGAUAUAACAUUUAUUGCACCGAGUUCUGUCCUCAAAUAUGCGUUUGUCAUGUAAGCCAGUGUUUGAAAGUGUCGAGAUAGUUUUAAAUAUUUCUUUCUAAUUAAGAGCCAGUAUGAAGAUGAUAACAUUUAUUUCAUGUAAUCAACUUGCACUAAAAGCUAAAUUGUGUGGCUCUGACUUAAACAAACGACCAAACACACGGAUGUGUUGAAAGAUUAGAACUUUAUGGAGUAAUAUAUUGAUGUAUAUUCUAACAAUAUGUUACUUCUAAUACUACUUUUAGUUUUGAUAUGAAUGGUAUGUUGUUAUGUUCAUAGAAUGACAACAUAAUUUUUACUAUAAAAGGAAAGACUGAAGCCUUUGAAAUUUGGUCACUUGCUUUGAUUGAGUUUUUUGUCUACUUAAAGGCAAACCAAAGAUUUAAUAAAACCUUGCCUUCUUUAAAUGUUAGUCAUACUACAAAAUUCUUUUGUGUGUAUCACUUUAAUAACAUUUGAGCCGCACCAUGAGAAAACCAACAUGGUGCGUUUGCGACAAGCAUGGAUCCAGACCAGCCUGCGCAUUCGCACAGUCUGGUCAGGAUCCAUACUGUUCGCUUUCAAAGCCUAUUGCAACUAGAGAAACUGUUAGCGAACAGCAUGGAUCCUGACCAGACUGCACAGAUGCGCAGGCUGGUCUGGAUCCAUGCUGGUCGCAAACGCACUAUGUUGGUUUUCUCAUGGCGCGGCUAAUUUGUUUUUGUUAGUUUUUCAUCUAUAUUAAUGUAUACCAGCUAUGUUUAAUCAGUGAUUAUUGCAAGUUAUUUAAAAUGAUUGCAGUUCCUGAAAGUCAUUUUCCUGCUGUAUUUAUUUGCUUUAGGUAGUCUGUCUAUUAUUAUUUUUGUUGCCAAGCAACCUUUCUUUGUACACAUGUUUCAGUUCUUGCUAAGCUAUGUAAAUAAAAAAAUAAUCAGUGCAUGUGCAUAAUAAAAGGCCACAAUUACUUUUCAGUUUAGCCACAAUACAUUAAGUUCAUAUUGCAAAGCCUUGUUUACUUUUUAGCUUAGCCAUGGUAUAUUAUGUUCAUGUUGCAAAGACGUUAUUCUUUUCAAUUUAGUCACAAUUUAUUAUGUUCAUAUUGGUAAAGCCUUGUUUACAUUUCAGUUUAGUUAGAAUAUUAUGAUGUUCAUACUGCAAAGCGUUGGUUACUUCUCAAUUCAUUUACAAUAUACAUGUACUAGUAUUAUGUUCAUAUUGAAAAGCCUUGUUUAUGUUUCAGUUUAGUUGAAAUAUUAUUAUGUUCAUAUUGGGAAGCCUGGUUUACUUUUCAGUUUAGCCACAAAAUAUUAUGUUACAAAAUAUCAUGUUUAUAUUGGGAAGCCUUUAUUCUUUUCAGUUGAGAUACAAUUUAUAAAGUUCAUAUUGCAAAGCCUUGAUUACUUCUCAUAUUAGAUGUAAUAAGUUGAUUACCUAUGUUCAUUUUGAAAAAAAUCCUGCUUAUAUCUUUUCAUUUAGCAACCAUACAUUAUUUUCUGUUAAUAAAUAAGCAGAUUUUAUUAUGUUCAUAUGCCUUAAUAAAUUCAAUAAAGCCAGUUUUGGCUUUUUUGGCUUUUUAAUUAGGUUUUCAGCCACUUUAAUUGUGUACAUGUAAUUUUGUUUCUUAUAUAUCCAGACAUUCUAUCUUAUAUAUAACAGAGCUUACUUUAAUUAGGGCUGUAUUUGUAGUGUUUUGA